AUGGUACCUACACCUCAAGAGCUAGCUGUAACUCAGCACGAAAGGGAGGAAUACCUCAAAUCCGGAGAAAGAAUUGUUAUUUCCGGAAUGUCAGGUCUCUUUCCUGAUUCCAACCAUAUAAAGGAUUUUGCUGACAUUUUAUAUAACAAGAAAAAUCCUGUCUCAUCGAAUCCACGGUGGAACUAUAAUCACCCUGAGGUCGCGCAAUAUGCUGGCCGAAUACCAGAUUUGGAAAAGUUUGAUGCCCAGUUCUUCAAGGUUCACUAUCGUCUGGGACACACAAUGGACCCGAUGGCUCGCAAGGUUCUUGAACAAGCAUACCAAGCGAUAUACGAUGCGGGUGUGAACCCGGAACAUUUCUCAGGAAAGAAAGUUGGAGUGUACAUAGGCACUUGUUUUUCUGAAACUGAGAAGACUUGCUUCUACAUGGUAGGCGCUACACAUGGGCUCGGUAUUGCUGGAUGCAAUAAAUCAAUGUUCGCAAAUCGCAUAUCCUACUGGCUGAAUGUCAAGGGGCCAUCGAUGUCUAUCGACUCGUCCUGCUGCAGCUCUAUUGCGGCUCUGGAACAAGCUUACCUCGCGAUGACCCGUGGGGAGUGUGAGGCAGCUAUUGUUGGCGGUGGAAAUAUUUGUUUGCAUCCUCAGUCAUCGGUGCAUUAUGGAAGGAUUAUGACCAUUAGUGUGGAUGGUAAAACUAAAUCUUUCGAUGAGAAUGCGUCUGGUUGCGCAAAAACUGAAGCUAUUAAUGUUUUGUUUCUCCAGAAAGCUAAGGAUGCUUUGCGAAUCUACGCCGAUGUUGUCCACGUAAAAUGCGAGUAUCAACACCUUAUGGAAGGCAAAAUAGGUCCAAAAUUUGGAUUCUUUCGCGAUCCUGUGAAAUAUUCUGAAUUUUUAAAAAACUUUUACAAAGAAGCAAAAGUACCACCCCAGGCUAUUGAAUACGUUGAAGCAUUUGGUUCAGCUGUACCCGAAGCUGAUAAAAGUGAAUUAGAGUCGAUUGAUGCUGUAUUUUGCAAGGAUAGAAAAAAACAACUUCUUGUCGGUAGUGUUAUGUCUAAUAUUGGCUAUGGCGAAGCCGCAUCUGGAAUUUCUGCGGUUAUAAAGGUUCUUUUGGGGUACCACAAAGGCGAGUUGGCAGGAAACCUAUUCUGUGAAACGCCAAGACGUGACGUUGAAGCGUUGCGUGAAGGACGCAUGCGCAUCGUUACUGAGCAUCAACCAUUUGGCCGUACUUAUACUGCCGUAAAUGGCUUAUCUCUUACUGGAGUCAAUUCCCAUACACUCUUAUAUGGUCAUUACAAACCUAAGGAUUUAUCUCGAUACAAGUCAAACAUACCGCACUUAGUAACAAUUUCUGCGCGCCAAGACACAUCGGUUAAGAAAAUUCUAGACGAUUUAAAAUCCCGACCUAUCGAUCCUGAAGAGCUUGCGUUAUUGCAUAACAUCCAUCAGACAAAAAUUUCUGGUCAUGUGGGCAGGGGAUUUACUAUAUUAGAUACAAACGCAGACCAGCAGACAGUAAGCCUAUGUGAAAAAGUGGAUUAUUUUGACAACGCAAAAAGACCUCUGUGGUUUGUUUACAGUGGAAUGGGAUCACAGUGGGCCGGCAUGGGCACACAGCUAAUGCGUAUUCCAAUAUUUGCUGCUGCUAUUGAACGAUGCCGUCGAGUUUUGGAGCCAAAAGGCAUUGACAUUGUACACAUUAUAACUUCACCCGAUAAAUCUACUUUCGACAACAUUUUAAACUCUUUUGUCGGAAUAGCUGCCAUUCAAAUUGGACUUACUGACAUUCUUUGGGAGCUGGGACUAGUGCCAGAUAAAAUAAUCGGUCAUAGUGUUGGUGAAUUGGGAUGUGCGUAUGCAGAUGGAUGUUUCACUGCAGAGGAGAUGAUACUUGCUGCUUAUUACCGUGGGCUUGUAUCAGUGCAAACUCCGUUUAUUCGUGGUUCCAUGGCGGCAGUUGGCAUUGGAUAUCAGGAGGUUUUAAAGAUGUGCCCUCCUGAAAUUGAGGUUGCAUGCCAUAAUGGACCAGACUCAAGUACGAUUUCAGGCCCCGCAAAUGUAAUGAGGGAAUUCGUAGCUCAAUUAACUGCUAAGAAGAUAUUUGCGAAGGAGGUCCCAUGUUCAAAUAUUGCUUAUCAUUCACGGUACAUUGCUGAAGCUGGCCCUGGACUACUGAAACAUUUAAGUGAGGUCAUCAAAACUCCUAAACUCCGUAGUGAAAAAUGGGUAUCGACUUCAGUGCCGCAAGAAAAAUGGAACGAGCCAAUUGCGAAAUAUUCCUCUGCAGAAUAUCACACCAAUAAUUUGCUCAAUUCCGUGCUGUUCGAGGAAACUUCUAGAUUGAUACCAUCCGAUGCUGUGCUUGUGGAAAUAGCACCACAUGGGUUACUUCAAGCGAUUCUGAAGCGGUCUCUGGCAGACUCUUGUCGACACAUACCGCUCACUCGUCGGGGACAUUCUGAUAGCGUGCAAUACUUGCUAGAAGCUAUUGGAAAAUUAUUCAUGGAAGGAUACAAUCCUAAAGUGCAAGCGCUUUAUCCUAAGAUCGAAUUUCCUGUUUCAACUGGAACUCCAUUGUUAUCUCAUCUGGUGGAAUGGGCUCAUCAUGAAAAGUGGAAUAUACCACUGUACGUGUCCGCACACCGAAGUUAUACUGCAUCGUGUAAUUUCGUCUAUUCAGUACAUGAUGUGGAAAAUAACUAUUUGACUGGAAAUGUUUUACGAGGAAAGAAUACAUUCCCGUUCGCAGCUGCAUUAAUUGCAGUUUGGGAUGUACUGGCGAUGACCAUCGGGGUGCCAAAGAAACAAUUGUCAGUUCAAUACCACGAUGUGAAGCUUUAUUCCCAACCCAUUCUUCAUUAUCAACGUCAGUUACGACUUUUGGUAUCAUUUCUAAGAGGUACCGGGUAUUUCGAGGUCACAGACGAGUAUUCUAAGAUUGCAACGGGUUACAUUAAAGGGGAUGUCGUUGAUAUCAGACCAUUUGUACUAGAAUUUACUUCGACUGAAGAACUUGAUUUAAAAUCGGACGAUAUCUAUCAUUUGUUACACAACAGGGGUUAUGAUUAUAGCGGCCAGUUCCAAAGCAUUCACAGCGCUAACAAAUCUCUUACGGAAGCGCAAAUAUAUUGGCGCAACAACUGGGUAACAUUCCUUGAUGGUAUGCUGCAAUUAAAUGCUCUAAAGCGUUCUCAUCACUCUGUAUCUCAACCAACAAACAUUAGAAAUAUUACAAUUGAUAUCAAAAGACACUUCAACAGUCAAGAUAUAUCAAUGGGCGAUGAAAGAGUCAUAACUGCUAAUGUUUUUGAGACAUAUAAUAUAAUCAGAUGCGGAGGUGUUGCAAUAGAGGAUGUUAAGUUCCGCGAUUUACCACCAUUAGAAAAAGAAACAGAUUUGGUAACUUUGAAAUUUGUCCCGUACUUUCAACAAGAUAAAACUGAUUUCGAAACAGCUAUGUUGGUAUAUUUGCAAAUCGUUGCAGAAAAUUUGAAUAAGAAUGUGAUUAAUAUACUUGAAUUGUGUGAUCAAAAGAGUGACGAAGCUCAUUUCCGGAAUCUUAAUGAUGUUUUUACGAACGUACCUUCUAUAGAGGUCCAACACAAAAUAAUUUAUAGAAAUAAUAUUUUAGACGAACGAGCCAACUUUUUAACAGAUGUCGAUUUGAUGUUAGUUACAAACUUAUCAAAAGAUGAUAAGUUAUGUCAAACUCUGUACCGCGUGCUUUGUCGAGACACUUUCAUCGUAAAUAUAGAGAAAUAUACAAAGGAUUCGUUAUUCAAUAGACCAUCAGCACUAUAUCGUAUCGUAAGUGCACAGAAUAUGAAAGAUGAGAGGCUCGAACUAGUGCGCUGGAGACCUACCUCUAAUGCAGUCGCUACGAGCACAUUUACAGUGCGCUCUCCUGCCGAUCUUGCCUGGUUAUCUUCUACUCAAACAACAUUACCACAAAGACACAAGCUUCUUAUUAUAACAUCUUAUCCGCCUAUAGAUGGAUUGAAAAAUCUUGUUCAGCAAUGGCGAAAGGAUCGCAACCAAAUCUAUGUGAUUAUGAUAAAUCAUACAAUUUCCGAAGAUCAAAACUUAGAUCAACUGCCUAACUUAGAUUUGGCGUUCAAUGUGCUAGAUCAUGGACAAUGGGGUGGGCUGUUCUUCAUACCAUUACAGCAAAAAUUAUCUUCAAUUUAUGACAUCACUCUUCAGAGCUCUUGUAUUGGAGAUUUUAACUCCUUACAUUGGGUUGAAAUGCCACGUGUUAACGUUCCUGGUGUGAAAGUAACCGUACAUUUUGCUGGAUUGAACGAUACUGAUGUUAAAAAAUGUGCUGGAAUAAUUCCACUUAACAAUAAGACUAAUGGAAAUAAUUUCGGAAUGGACUUCAGUGGGGUAACUGAAAGUGGGGAACGUGUGAUGGGAUUAGUCGCGGGUGGUGCUGUUAGUUCACAUGUUAUGGCUCGUCCCGAUUUGCUAUGGCCCGUACCAGAGUAUUGGAGUCUCGAGGAAGCAGCUACAGUACCUCUGGCGUACUGUUUAGCGUUCUACUGUCUUGGCAUAAAAUACAAACUUAAUCCCGGUGUCACCGUACUUGUUCAUGGAGGUGCCGGAGCGUUGGGACAAGCGGUAAUAUCGAUCGCUUUGAGCCAAGGCUGCACAGUCUUUACGACUGUCAGUGAUAUCAACAAAAAACGUUUUCUGCUUAAAUUAUUCCCGAAGUUAAAAGAUGACCAGAUAGGGAAUUCACGUGACUCAACAUUUGCUGACAUGGUAUUAGCGGCAACGAAUGGAAAGGGUUGUAACAUCGUCAUUAGCUGUAUUUCUGGUGAUCUUAAACACAAUUCCCUAAAAUGCGCUGCACUGUACGGUGUAACGAUUGAUACGUCGCAAAUGACAACCCGAGAGGAUUUCUCUUAUGGGUUACACAGCAUGACUAAAGAGAGGUCGUACAUAGCUGUCCACUUCAGUCAGCUGUUCGCUCAAGAAAGUAACGCGGAAUUGAAAAAACUACAGUUGAUGGUGUCUGAGGGUAUUAAGCGAGGGUACGUACGACCGUUAUCACGAGUCAUAUAUGCUCCUACGGACGUUUCCCGUGCCUUCCGCCUAUUAGCCGCUAGUCAGCAUCGUGGGCGUGCACUAGUUCAACUUCGAGCUAACAACAAGACUCAAGAUGGGCUUUUACCAUGCUAUAAACCUAGGUUAUCCUGCUCUCCAGAUUUAAGUCAACUAAUACUGUGCAAUAAUGACUAUUUAGGUUUACAAUUUGCAAAAAGAUUAGUAAGCCGUGGCGCCCGCAAAGUUUACUUGCACUCUUUGAAAAGUUCUGAAUAUCUUGACCCUGAAAUUCGGUCACUAGUAAAACAAGGUGUUCAAGUAAAACUCACUAAUGAAAUAUUAAAAAGUGAAAACGAUGUUACACACUUACUAAACGAUUGCAACAACCUCGGCACCGUUGAAGGGGUUUACAUAGUAGCAACCAAAGAAAUAUCUGAUGCAGGAUCAGAUAAUUUAAUUCGAAUACUGGAUUUAGUUUCAAGAAAACUUUGUCCACACAUCAAGUAUUUUGGAGUGCUCAACAUUGGCGUGGACACUGGUAUUCAGGCUUGUAUCUCCAGAUCUCAAGAUAGAUUGCCAGUGACACUACUGAAAGUACCGGCCAUUAAAAGGAUGGGUGUCUUUGAAGAUCCGUCUAAUAAUGAAACGAUAUCAGAAGUAGAUGCAAUUAAUACGUUUGAACGUGCAUUGCGAUCCCAUGAACCUGUAAUACUUGCUCGAGUUCGCCCAACGCAAUCUCAUACUCUUUUAAACGAAAUCGCAAAUGUAGCAGGGAUUGAAGUACCUAAUGAUGUUGUGGAAACAGCUACUCUAUCAGAUUUAGCCUUUCAAGUUGAUAGAUCUAAAAUGGUUUCUACCUACCUGAGUGAUAUUCAUAACAUUUCUAUAUCAGAAGAAUUAAUACCCAAAUUAACAGUCAAAAAAAUACGGGAAAUAGAUGAAGCGAUAAAUGAUAUAGAAUUUAAGGAAACAAAAGGCUUAGAGACAUUUUACUGCAAUGUUGACCCCGACGAACUACUUGUGACUACUGAAAUGGUGUUUUUGCCAACCCUAGCAAGUAGUUCUGCUAUGCGUGACGACGAAUUUGAUGUUAGUCAGACUUACUUAUGCAUUAUCCCUGGCUUGGAAGGACAUCAUGAUCGUUUCCGUGUUUUGUGUGAACGCCUGAAAGUCCCUGCUAUAGUAUUGCAGCCGGGACUUGAUCGCCCUGAUGAAACUAUAUCUAAUCUGGCUCAGCGAUAUGCCGAGAUACUAUUAAAGAAGGCUCCACUGAAAGAAAACUUUUAUCUCUUGGGUUACGAAAGCGGAUCUUUAGUGGCAUUAGAAAUGGCUGCUAUUUUAGAAGAUCACGGUUUAACCGGGACCGUAUUCUUGGUCGGGGAAUCUCCAGAAGAAAUCCAAAGCGCUAUAAAAGAACGCCUUAAGGAGUAUGACUCUGAUGAAGCAUUACAGCUAGCAGUCGCAAGGCAUAUGGUCAAGUUAAUGAUAGGUGGUAGUACAGAUGAAUUAGAAACCGCUAUAUGCGGUGCAUCAACUUGGCAAGAAAAAGUUGAAGCAUGUCUUCGCUCCAUCUUAGGCCGAGUGUCACACUCUGUACAGUAUGCACAAGAACUUAUAGAAUCUGCAUAUGGUAGAAUUAAGCAAGUGCAGUGUUAUAAUUUGAAUGUAAAAGAACUGCGAUCUAAAUUAGUAUUAAUACGAGCAGCAUCAUCCACAGACAAUCCAGAAGCGCUUUCCUUGCAACGUCAUUCACAGCAACCUAUUAGUGUAUAUCAAUUGCGAGCUCCUUUAGCCUAUACUACUGCGGAUUUGCGUUGCUCUGCUAUCAUUAACAGCCAUCUUAAUACCGAACUAUUGGAGGCGUUUGAAAAGAAAAAUCUCUGUGACACAUACUUGCUUAACGCUGACGUAUUUGUGACAAUGGAUGCUUCGUAUUUUGAUAAAUAG